AUGGAAGAGAUUACGGCCAAGUUCGCCACAGCGUUCCGGUCCAAGCGGCUGAUCUACCGCGCCGUGGACAACACCGAGGCGGACAGAGAGCUGCUAGCGUGCACGCUUCACGACCCCGUCAGCCAGGGGCUCGGCGACCCGACGCUGUUCCGGCCUGUCGGCGAGAGCGCCGGCAAGAAGGCCAUCGAGCAGAUGAUCGACCAGGCGCUGCUGGCCGUCGUCAUCUGCCUGCCAGCGGCCGAUGAGCAGCAACCUCCGCGGCUGCUGCUCCCGGGCACAGACCUGAAGCAGGCCCAGGCGCGCGCGACGCCCAUCGGCAGCCUGUUCCUCAGCCGGCAGCGGCAGGCGACGACGGCGCACUGGCGGUGGACGCGGCUGGCGGUGGGGCUGGCAGAGCCCUUCCAGAACAAAGGGUUAGGCGCGGAAGCCAUAGCCUGGGCGCUCGGCUGGGCCUUCGACUUCGCCGGCAUGCACCGCGUCGAGCUCGGCACCGCGUCCUACAACGCCCGCGCCCUCGCCGUCUACGACGGCCUCGGCUUCACCCGCGAGGGCCGCCGCCGCGAGGCUAUCUACUCUAACCGCACGUGGCAUGAUCUCGUCGAGUUCGGCAUGCUCGAGGCUGAGUGGGACGCGCUAAGAGCCACGAGAGACGCGGAUGGCGGGACACCUUGA